UGCUGGAGGGCAAUCAUUAAGAGCUCUGCUAGCCCAUAGAGUACAGUUGCUGGGAGAUGCUGUGAUUAACAUGCCGUGAAUCUGCCACAGUCCCAGCUGCAACAUGUCUACCACAAAAGCAGGUGAUACGGAUGAGGCUUUUGAUUUUAAUGAGGUGAUACCAGAGACUGAAAGACUUGACAGCAGUUUGCAGAAGGCUCGAGCCCAGCUCUCCGUUAAGGCAAGACGACAGAGGCCAUCCAGAUCUCGACUCCGUGACAGCAUUAGUUCCACAGAGGGAGAUGACAGCCUGGAAAGAAAGACUACAGAUAAUUAUGGAAGUCCACUGCACAGUAUGAGAUCUCCUUUACAUUCCUCCCUGCGGGGUUCCUCUCCAUCUUCAGAAUCGGCUAUCUCUUCAGCAUCUCCCUCACAGCGAGCCUCAUCCUUCUCAUUUGAUGUUAACAUUGUGAGGAGAACGUUUGAAGAAGGGGAGCAGGCAUCAAUGGUGAUGAGCCGGUACCAGACUCUGACUGAUGCUUCCUCCCAGGAAGCACUGGGUCUGACUCCAACUAGUUCCCCUUCCAAAUCUUGCCACAGUUCUGACACCUCCCCAGUUCACAUGAGGAGAGAGAGAAGAACAGAGAAGCACAGUGAAGGCUCAGGGGAGAGCAAAGAAACAAGUCCAGCAGAACCAGCAAGUCCCACAGUAGGCCUGGACAGAAAAACAAGGCGGAAGUUUUUGGACCUUGGGGUACAGUUAAGAAGAGCCUCCUCCUCAAAAGGAAGGAAAGCAGAGAAGACAGCUAACAGACUGUCUACUGGUAGCAGGGAAUCUUUUGAAAGUCCAAUCAGUAUCUUGGCCACUGCCAAAUCUGCAGUGCCACAGUUUGUGCCUUUCUCAUGGUUCAUGGAUAGCAGCAAAGGAUCAAUGCCCUCCAGUGGUACAAUGUCACCCACCUGCUCACCGAGGAUGUCCUCACAGGGACUGGUCCCGAGAAAGUCUGCUUCCCAGGAAUCCACACUGAGUGACGACACCAGCCCACGAAGUGUUAGUCCCAGAAUUUUAAGUAGUUCAGCUGCUGAAUCGAGAGCCACGCCUACCCACGUUUACUCUCUGUCCUCGGAUGAAUUUCUUGAUGAGGGACAGCCUUACUGCCUUGUUUCUUCUUGGACAACUCAGCAAGUCUGCCAAUGGCUGACUGGGUUAAACAUGCACCAUUACAUUUCGGAAUUCACCGCUGGCAAUAUCAACGGUGAACAAUUGUUGCUCUUGGAUGGAAGCAAACUGAAGGCCUUGGGAGUCAUCAACUCACAGGAUCGAGCGACUAUCAAAAGGAAAAUUAAAGAUAUGAACACAGCAGUGGAGAAAGAGAGAAAAGCCUUGGAGAAGCUGGAAAAACAGAAGGAGAAGCAGAAGAGAAAGGAACAGGAACAAUUGCAGAAAAAGAGUUAAGCUGGGCAGAAUGAUGAGGUGUAAGCAUACCUAAACAUUUGUUUCCAAUUCUUCAGAUUUUAAAACAUGAGCAACAAGAAGAAGUGCAAGGAGUCAGUGAAUUAAACAGAACAUUGUAUGGCAGAUCGGUUUGUGGGAUUUGUGAAUGUGAAGUGCAGCUCUACUUCACUUUUGGACAGUUCAGGUCUGUAAAGACAACAUCUAACAUUAAAAACAAAUAAUAUUUCACAGGGCAGGCAAACCUUUCCUUAGUGAAUUAUCACUGAAAAUUGUGCUGCAUUUCCUCUUACUGAAUCCAUCCUGGGUCAGAUACAAAGAAAGUAUAUUCUGUCUGGAUAAUAUACACUAAAAAAAAUUAGAUUUAUCUCUGAGGAUAAAAUAUUCCUGAGUUUUAUAAAGUAAUUUAUUGGAGUCAUUCUGAGUGCAUUUGAAGCACUGCUAACUUUUAAACAAUGAGAAGAAUAAGAAAACUAUCCUUUAAAAAUUGAAUUAACUUUUUUUUACAUCUGCAUCUUUUAAUUGUCAAAAAUACUUUCUAAUGAUUAAAGCAGCUAUUGGAAGGACAAGGGAGAGGUAAGGAUUAAUCAUGCCUGCAUUUGAAAUAUUAUACCUGUUUAAGCACAAUCUUCUCAAUACCUGAAUUCUUCCACAAUCUAGAUUGUGAAGAGGGUCUCACUUAAUCAAAUGAGUUUGCUGGAAAUUGUGCUAUGAUGGCAGAAAAACAUUGCAUGCAUGCCUGUAUGGAAUGCUGCAAAUAUGAGCUAAGAAUUUGGAUUGAAGAAAAGGAAUUAGACAAUGGGAUGCACUUGGUACCUUGUCAUUUCUUGAGCAAAGUCUUCCUUAACAGACUGUCCUAGAGAAUAUGAUGUACGGUGUAUUGGUGAUAAACUGUGUGCUUUCAGAAGAUCUCAUUUUGUACAUAUAAUUGUGCAAACUAUUCAGGAUUUGCAAGUGAGCUCAUUGACAGAAGUUUGAAAUUAGUCCAAAGAUCGAGGAGACAAUGAACAUUGUUCAGACCAAUGUAAUAUUAGUACCAGUUAUGUGACCUUAAACAAAAAUUCUGGCUUGUACUUAACAAGUAAAUUUGCAAGUUAAAAUAUUUGUGAUGCAGAUAUAUGUUUUGUGUGUUGCAAAUGUAGCUAAUGUUUUAAAUCCAAAUGGUAACACUUGGCAGAACCUGCCAAAUAUUAUGGUUAUGACUUAAAGAGAAUUACUGAAUACCCUGCAAGAGGCAAUUUCAGAAUAUUUUCAUAGUGACUCUAAUUUUACCAUGAUUCAGGGAAUUAGAAAGAAGAAAUAAAAAGCUAAUUAUUUCUCUUUUUUUGGAAGCUCAACCAACUGGAAAUUGUGACUCUUUAUGAACUCUAGUGAGUUGUUUGCCCCAUGGGACAAUUGUUUUCCAUUCUUGUGUACAUUGUAGGAAAUACAAUAUUAGAAUGGACAGCUCAACAAUAAAAUACAGAUUCUAUUUAAGGUUUCGCACACCUGCAAAUAUACAGCAUGGCUUUGAGAAAGCAUAAAUGAGUUAAGAUGAUUCCAUCCCUGUUAGCAAUACAAUAAGAAGUAGAUGCAUUAACAUUAUUCACUCGCAAUUCAAGCUAAAAUUUGUUAGCUAGGUACAGGUCAAAACAUUUGGAGAAUGGUUUUGUUUGAAUGAGUUGAUUUAAUUUUGGAUUUCUUUAGACAACUAAAAGGCCCUUCAAGUAUGAGGUGGAUUUUAAAAUCUAUAAUUUUAAAUCACCUGAAGAUGACAAUUUCUUUUUGUAAAAUGUAUUUUUGGAUACUUGGUUUAAAAUUCAAUGAAGGGAUUUUUCAUUUGGCUCAGAAUUUACAUAGAUAUUGGAAUUUCACAUUGAUUGAGAAUUUACACAAGCCAUUAGGCUCCUGUAUUUGAUACUGCUGAUACCAGUGGAGCCUUUGAAUUUGAACAUCUGAUGUUAAGCGAAGAAACCGUGAACAGCUGAUAACCCUCUAGCCUGGUGGAAAUGCUGCUCUUAAGCUUCUGACAUGUUAGGCAAAGAUGUUAAAGACACUGUAGUUAGUUGCUUCUAGACUUUGAAGGGCAGAAUGAAAUCAAUAAUGUCUCUGGCAUAGCACAACCCAGGUUUGCAACUUAGCCUGAGCGUCAAACCUAAAAGAUCUAGCAGAAUGAUGUAAGAUCAAUUGUUUAAAUAAGUUGGACACGUAAGUCACAUUUAGAUCCAAAUGUUGGUCACCAGCAAAAAUGGAAGAGCUACUGACUAUCCAUUAAGGACUUCCAGGUUUUUUUUCCUGUGGUGAGCUGAUCUAACAUAACAAAGCCUUUUGAUAAUUGCACACUGGAACCCAAAGAAAAAUAUAGGCAGUGGAUAGCUCUAAUGAUAUGAAUGAACCAUACCACAGACAUUAGGUUUCUUUUCAGAUUUUGGAGUUCCCAAUUUCAUUCUCUAACUUAUAACUGUGCACCUGGUAUGGCACUCAAGUAUUUCAGCUGUAUCACAAGGAGGACAGCUGAAAUACAGCAGAAUUGAGUUCAUGAUGUGCCUAAUAUGUGGAAGGCUCUGAGUGCCGUAGACUUUUUGGCAAGUUUUGUAUGACAAAUGAACAUUGUGCUAAAUAAAGCUAAGCACCUCUUAGUGUAAAUAAUUGGCACUCAAUAUGAAUUAAUACCAAAAUUAAUGCCUAUUUUAUUAUUUAAACUGUUGUACAUCCAUAAAAUAGAAUUAUAGCAUUGUUAUAGUACAGGAGGCUAUUCGACCCAUUAUGUCUGUUCUAAUCCUCCGAAGAAUAAUUUACAUGCUGCCUUUGUCCCCCAUACUCUUCCUACAUUAUUGCUCAUUUCUCCUGUUCAGACAUUUUGAAAAUGUAGAAAACUUUACAGCACCAAAGAAGACAUCUCCACCUGUUGUGUCUGCACCAACUGAGAAUCAAACUUCUCAGCAUAAUACAGCACUUGGUGCAAAUAUCUAAAGUUACUGGACUUUAGAUGCUUAUAUAGACACCUUGUAAAUGUGUUAAAAUUUUCUGCCUUUGCUAUCCUCUCAGGCAGUGAAUAACAGACACCAUCACCCCCCCCCCCCACCCCCUCCCCCCCUUGGUGAAAACAUUGUCUUCUUCUAAAGGAAAUGUAUCUUCCCUAUUCACUCAAUCCAAGCCACUCGCAAUUUGUACAUUUCAAUUAAAUCUCCCCUCAGCCUCCUCCUUUCCAAUGAAACCUACCCACUUGACCUAAUUCUUUCUUAUAGCUGUCAUGGCAGCCUCCUCUAUACCCUCUUUGUUGCUAUUGCAUCCUCUCUGUAAUAAAGUGUUUAAAACUGAACACUACUCAAGUUUUGCAAGUUAUAGCUUAAUUAGGGUUUCCUAUAGGUCCAACAUAAGCCCACCACUCUUAUUUUCUAUGCCUAAACUAACAAUUAAAAGUGCAGGCAAUCUCUGGGUUACAAGCUGUCUCUCUUCUUUAGGCAAUUCGUACGUUAAUUUGUAAGCGAGUCAGAACACAGCGCAGGACAAGGUAAAGUCGCCAUUCAUACAUAUAGGAAAAGCUCAUAUGCCAGAUCUUUAAAAGUACACCCCUGCUUUCAUAAGUAUGAGCAUUUGUCAGUCAGACGCUCAUAAAUUGGGACCCUCUGUAAUUCAUAUUACUUCUUACUUGCCUUAUCAACUUGUCUUGAUACUUUAAGGAUCUGUGGGCAUUCACUCCAAGGUCACUCAUACUUCUCUGUAUUCUCUCAUUAAGUGCAAAUUUCUUUUUGGAUUUGCCUCCCCACAGGGCAUGAUCUCACACUUCUCCAGGUUGAAUUCCAUUUGCCACUUAUCUAGCCACCUGACCAAUCCAUUGUAUCAUCCGACAGUCUCUAGCUUGCCUCCUCAUUGUCAAUCAUGUGUCCAAUUUUUGUGUCAUCUACAAAUUUCUUGAUCUGUUGCCUAUAUUUAAAUCAUUAAUAUUUACCAAUAAAAUCUAGGCACCUGAACAUUGCGAAUCCCCAUUGGGAGCAGCCUUCCAACUGCAAUAAUGCCAUCAACCAUUACCUUUUGAUUCCUGCCGUUGACCCAAUUUCAUAUCCAGCUUGCUACAUUGCCCUAGAGUCUUGAUCCUUUUUUUAACCAGUGUGCCAUGUAAGACCUUGUCAAAUGUCUUGCUAAAAUCUAUCCAAAUCAACUAACAUCUAUUCAGUUACUUCUCGGAUACUCCAAUCAAUAAGUUAAUAUUCUAGCUUUCACUUUCAAUGGAAGUAAACUGUACUUUACAACAUUGAUACUGAUUUAAAGAUAUGGUAGUUAAGUAGCAAAAUGAUCUCCUUCGGAGCUUUAUUCACAAUGCACACAGAACCCACACACCUCGCCCCCAACGUGCAUGUGCAGCCAUCAUCUGCCUAUGCUCAAAAUAAAUCUCUUGCUUCUGUCUAGUUCUACACCUUGUGUGCAAUCAUUAGUGCCGAAUUGAUAGAGAAGGCAAUGGAGGGGUCAGUGACCUCUUCCUAAGCAAAGUGGUGUCUACAUGAUUAACCACGUGAGGAUAUGAAUCAAUUAAACAGAUGCAUUAUAUCUGAAGAUUCAUAAAAAUGUAAGUCCAAAACUUUAUUAAACUGUCAAAAGUAGAACCAGAAUGCUGAAUAUAUAUGAAUUUUAGGACAUCUAGUUAAAUCAUUGCUGAGUUUAACAAUUUUGUUCUGUCUUCAUAAGGGUCUAAUCUGCAUUCCAAGCACUGAAUCAGUCACCACAAGAAAUAUGGCCACACUAAAAGCACACCUAGGAUGUCUAAUAUGUCAUUUUUAACUGGUAAAUUUUAACUUCUUUGUAGCUAUUUAAGCAAACACAAUUUCUACUGCCAAAUUUAUUUAAAAUAUAUGUGUGAAAAAUAUUUCACAUUCCUGAAAUCUGAAAAUACUUUGCAAUUUGAAGUACUUCAUUUUCCUUCAUUUUGUGGAUUAGGGCACAAAAAAAUCAAAUAUCAUUUCUCAUAUGGGUCUGAUUCAUUGUUGAGCUAGACUUUGUCAAAUUUCUCAUUUCAUUGGUCAAUUUCAAGGCACAUUUUGAUUAUUAUUGCAUUGUUAAUUCAAAUUGUGCCCAACAAAACAGGUCUGUUAGGUUCAGAUUUCAGCUUUAGUCUAAUAUUGUUUAUUUUGAGCAAGAAUUAUGCACUACGAUGUUGAACAGUCACACCAUAUAGCCACAAUAUUGAAAACUACCAACAGUUUCAGUUUGUUUGUUGGUUUGCUAAUUACUUAUGUAUGAAAAACUAUUGUCCAUCUUUCAAAAUAUGUAUAUUGUCUGAGUUGAAACUUAAGCAAAUACAGUUUAAUUUGGAAAAUGUAUUUCAUACAAUAUGCAAGGGAGAGUUAAAAGAUAUAAACCAAAGAAGAUCUAGUCCACAGUGUUUCAAUUUUCUUUUGGCAUAUUCCUAAAAGAAAUAACUUAUAGUAUGUUGUACUAACUGAUUGCCAAGUGCAACUAAGGGCGGGCAAAAAAUGCUGGCAAGCCAGUGACGCCCACAUCCCACAAAAUGAAUAAAUAAAAACAAAAACCUAGUAAAUUCAGAUUUGCAAACAAUCAGGUCAAUAACCAAUGUCACAUUGUUUCUUUGUGAUUUGGAGUCCAAGUUGUGGUUGCAAAAACAUCCAUUACUGUAUUUCUUUCCAAAUUAACAUUGUAAAUAGCAGAUUGAUUGGUUGGAUGGUUGGAUGAGAAUUUGUUAUAUUGGUAAUACAGCAAAUUUGGGAGUGAAGUCUGUCAUGCCAUGCCAUGUGAGCCAAAGCUGGCAUCACAUGCAUGGUAUGAUGGAAUAGGUCAUUUAAUUGAACCACUACUGAGCUGUGUUAGCAAAGUUGUAGAAGACUCAAACCGUCCCAGGAUGAAAUUGGGCAAAUGGAAGCGGGUGUCAGGAAAUAAUUAAGGGAUGGAUAAGGAACAUUAAAUAUGACCUAUAGUCUGCAGCCACUUUAACUGAUUUGUCCAAACUUAUGUUCAUUAAGAGUGUUCUCUUAAAGAUGUUGUUCCAGAGUAAUAAAAAUCCAUCAAAGAAAGCACCUGCAAAUAUUGACAGUAGGUUGUAUAAUUAAUAAAGCAUGAAAAUUGUUGCCAUUAGUGAGUCAGCAAUUAUCGUGUACAUUUGUAUUUGUACAUCGAUGCUCUUUCUAUUCCGUGUGAAUCAGUUGGUCCUUUGUGGUCCGUUGCAAGUACCGCUUGUAUCAGCAACUGUACUUGCAGAUCCUCUCUUAUGUACCUGAAAAUAAACUUGUUUAUCAAUAAUCUAGGCUUCAAACUGCCACAAUAGCGUCCUCUACUGUCCUCAGCAAGGACUUGCUUUUCUUGUUUCUCGCCACUGGCAAUUAGGCUGGCUACCUAGACAUAGCUUAAAUUGAUGUCAUCCUGUAACCAGAUUUGUACUGGAAAAAAGUUUAUAUCUUUGGGAACAUUUGCUAUUUUGCGCCAAAUUAUUUAGCAUUGAAGGGAAUGUUUUCAACGUGUAUCUGUGUUUCUUUUACUUUAAUGACAUUAUUAAAUAGUACUAACCACAGAUAUAAAAUAUGCUUCAAGAAGCAUGUGCUAGCUGCGCUGGUAAUGUUUCUCACUGAUGUCAUCACCUCAGUGAACUGGCUGUCAUAUGCUGCUGGUUAGUGAACCAUCAAGUUUUAUUUCAGUGGGCAUUAAUUAACUACAGCUUCAACUAACUAAUUUUAAAAUCCCUCUGAUUUGUACGUGGGCAGCAGUGCAUGCUGGUAUUUAGAUCAAUGGUAUUUUGCAAUGUGCUCAUGAAGAUAAGACCUUAAGAUAUAGAAGCAGUAGUAGACCAUUCAGCCCAUCAAGUCUAAUCCACUAUUCAGUGCGAUCGUGGCUGAUCUGAAAAAUCUUACAAAAAUUCAGAAAGAUGUCAAUGAAAUGAUUCUACUCAUGAGGUUGAUAUCCAUGGGAAAACACAUCCCUACUGUCUUAGUUUAGACUGAAUUAGUUGAUAUCCAUUUAGAGUGCAGGAAGUUAUAUUCAGUGCUGCUGGAGAACAUGAAGGAAAUUCAAGUUUGUUGCUGGUCUCCAAUUUUAUUAACUAUUGGAAAAUUCACAUGUGCCAAAACUGGGUGAAAAUAGAAUUGGCUCAAAUGUGCAUCCUCUUGCCCGUGUUAUCCCACGUGAUCUAAACAGCCUACUGGUAAUUGGUAUUAUGUUCACCUAAAAAUCAUCACUCGGGCACUAGAGGAUAAAAAGUCCCCACUAAUCUGUCCGGAGUCUGAGCCAAUGCCUCAGGAGAUGAGGAGGUGUUUAUGAUGAUGGAAUGUGGUCCUUCGAGGACAUUCCGUCUGGGAAAAUCACAUCUAGUAAUGGGAGGCUUAAGAUGAUUAUUUCUAACAUAGACUGAACAAUAGGAAAAUGGAUGACAAAAAUUGGCUAAAUUUAGUUAUAAGUCACUUAUAUUGAGCAGCUUACUUUUAUUUUAAAUUUAAGGCUUAAAAUGGGCAUUAGACAGUGGCAAUUGAAUUUUACACUUCAGUUAUAUUUGAUGGUGUACACACUUCUCACAAGACUGGCAAGUGCUUUACUGUGCCAUGGCAAUUACAAUCUUAAACAAGAGAGAAUCCAACCAGUCAGGUCAAAGCAUCCGGCUGGAUUGGUAUCCCAUCCGUGACAUUUACCAUUCACUCCCUCCACCACAGAGGCAGAAGAGCAGCAGCAGCAGUGUGUACCAUCUACAAAAUGUACUGCAGCCUUGCUAAAUGCAACAAAGGCUCCUGCAGCAGCAUCUUCUAAAUACCACCACCUGCAAGAUUCCCUUCAAGAUACACGCCAUUCUAACUUGGAAUUAAAGCAGCAUUUUAGCCCAGAAGGAAAAGAAAACAGUCAUAAAAUAAAACAGUAAUACUUGGAAAUGGAACAUAAUGAUUGUACUGGAGCACUUCCGAGGUGCACAAAACAUGUCGGACCAGUACACACCAUUCAGAAGUUUCACUGUUUUUUUCCUUCCUUUCACUAUUGUUAGGUCAAAAUCCUGGAACUCCCCUACUAGCAACAAUAAGUGUCCCUCCAUUCCAAGGACUGCAUCAGUUCAAGAAAGCAGUUCAGCACCAUCAUCUCCAGAAAGUUAGGAAUGGGCAAUGAACAUUGGUCAAAUACAAAACAACAUUCCACUUACGUAGUAAUGUCUUUUUAAAGAGACUUUUUAAGUUCUCAGUAUUCUGAUCAUCUUUUCUAAUGAUAUUUAAAUGCAACCAGGAUCCUGCAAUAUAUAUUGCUUUACCCCACUUUUAUUUAUAAUGUUUUGGUCUAUUGCAACACGCAAUCUCAGUGUAAUCAAACUGCAUAAUGAUGAGGUUAAUAUCCCUGGAGCUGCAGUAAUGGACUAACCUAAUGAGAAAGAAAUAACCAAAAUGCAACACCACCAAGUGCCAUGUCAUUUUUGCUGUCUCUUUUGCUGUAUAUUUUAAUCAUUCCAUUGGCUAAUAAUGAUUAUGCAAACAUUCAAAUAUGAAAUUAAUGUUGCUAACUCCUCCCAUGACUAUAUUUAUGAUUUAUGUCAAUUCUGUUUAAUCUUGCUAUUUUUUAAAAUCAUUUUUGUUCAGUCCUACAUAUUUGUACUUUUUACACAGGCAUAUUUCUUCCACAAAAUGGGCUGAUGUAAAUGUAUGAUUUGUUACUGUACAUUUUAUUGAAAUCUGAGUACAAGUUUGUUUUGGUAUAAAUAUUAAUGGCAAAAAAACUCAGGGUUGUGAAAUUAUAGAAAAUAUGGUCUUUUUGAUUCUUGUAGACUGACAAAUAUUUCCUAAAGUUAGCAAGUUUCCCCUUCAGCCCAUUUAUGUUUCUGUUUUGGCGAUAAAAUGCCUAUAGAAUGCUCAACUCAUCAUCUUAUCCUUUGGCUAACUUUAUCCUCAUGCACCAUUCUCCUCUUGCCCAAAGAGAGGCAAAGAAAACAAAAAUGAAUUAAAUUAUUAACAACUGCUCCAGAAAACCAUCUAAAGGUAUUUUUUAAAAAAUACUCUCUACCUUCUGUUCCACAAUUCUCUGGGAAAAAGUAAGGUUUCUGAACAUUUAAGCUCACUCCUUAAUUGUUAAAUGUGAAUCCUAAUUCUUCUCAUAAACAUUGCUCAUGUAUUGUUCUUGUUUUGAACAUUGUAAAUACUGGAGCAGAAUCCCAAAGUAAUAAGUUUUCAGCAGAACAAACAAAAUGUUUGCUAUCCAAGUCCAAAUUUAGGAGAAUUGUGCCAAUUAAAAUAUUCUUUAACAAUAUUGCUAUUCUGAUCAAGGAGAUGAACGAUUACAGCUUUAUUAUUUAGACUGAAGUUGUAAGGUGUUGGUUACAGCCAAGCAGGUAACAGGAAUUUCUGGCAAAAAAAUCUUCCACUUGAAUAAAACAAAUAGCAAGUUGCUCAAACUUCCAGGAAGUUCAAAUUGUAUCUCAGAUCAACCGCGUGUUUAAUUUGACAACAUAUGCUUGGUUCUAAAUGUGCUGCACAUACUUCACUGUCAGAAUAAAUGUACUGCACAAAAAUAAACACAAGGGUCUAACUACUCACUGCAUGGACUUGGAUGCCCAGUGAUAAGAUCAUUCUCUCUCUGUUUGAUGAGAAUAUAAGAUUACUAUUAUGUUUCAUAGCCUGAAAUAACUGUAAUGUUGGGAACUGUAUGUAAAAAGAAAUAGUCUAUUUCAACUCCUUGCUAAGGUUUGGGGGCAAAUGUGUAUUUGCUGUUUGUUUGAAAAAGAAAAAAACGUACGGGUAUUGGUUAUGGCAGGUCUUAUAUCAGCACAUGUUGCAUUAAUGUUAAAAUUGCUUUAACUUCUGAUGGACUGUUGCCCAGCAAGUUACUUAGGAAUUUUUAGCAGCAGAAAAGGAGAUACUGUUCAAAAUCAAAGAGGUUUUGGUUUUCCUGUCUGUCCAAAAUUCAAUAAAAAUUGUAUAA